CGUAUCACGUCACGACAAAUGACAUUUUUAGGUUAUCGCAAGAAGAGUGAAAUUAAAAGAUUUCUUCGCUUCAAACUAAAUAGGUACCUACUAAUUUCACGAGACAGUUUGAUAAAAACAAAUUAGUUUGUGAAUUGCAAAAACAAUGGAGUCUGAAGUAGUCAAGGAGAAAAUACAAACUGAGCCAAUGUUGAACGACCCUCGAUACAUAACCUUACUCAGUGUUAUUGUACUUGUGUUUACCUUAGUAUUUUGGUGGUGCUUCACUCGGAGGCGCCAUGCGCGCAGAUCAGUCUUGUUGACUGGUCUCUCCGAUUCCGGCAAGACAUUACUGUUUGUGCAACUCUCUUACUCGCAAUACAGACAAACCUUUACUUCAAUGAAAGAGAAUGUGGAAGAGUACAUCACAAGUAAUAACACAUUGAAGCUAGUUGAUUUACCUGGGCAAGAGAGACUACGUAACAAAUUCUUUGACCAAUAUAAGAACAGUGCUAAAGCAAUCAUUUAUGUUGUUGAUUCUGUCACAAUUCAAAAGGAAAUACGAGAUGUUGCUGAAUACUUGUAUACAAUAUUAGUGGAUCCAGUAGUGCAAAAUAACAGUCCAUCAGUUCUAAUCCUGUGCAACAAACAGGACCAACCUCUCGCUAAGGGUAGUCAGGUCAUUAAGAGUCUCCUUGAAAAAGAACUUAAUCUGGUACGUGUAACGAAGUCCAGCCAGCUGCAGUCUGUAGACCCCGGGCAGUCUAACAACUCCACAUACCUGGGCAAGCUCGGCAAAGACUUCGAGUUCUCCCACUUGAGCUGCCGAGUCGACGUCGCUGAGAGCUCGGCCUCCACCGGUGACGACGACGACCCAUCUAACAUCAAGGUCGUACAAGAUUGGAUCUCAAGACUUUAAAGCAUUUAUUUAAACAUAUAUAGGAUUGGUGAGUUUUGAUCAAAAAUGAUUAAAAUUGUUUUUGAGUAUUACCAUAGCAGCAGAACCAAGUAUGUUCAUGCAGUUGUUUUCGAACACACACUUCCCCUCAAUCUGGAUCGCGUUUAACACUAGAUAUAGCAUUUUUAAUUUUUACCAUUUGUCUCUGAAACUUAUUGUUUUGAUAACAUUCAUUUACUGUUCAGUUUUGAUCCAAGAAUGUAUAAAUAUAUUUUUGCCAUAUCGGCCAAACGGUAUAAAAAUAGCAGAACAAUCGAGAAUCAACAAAAUGGUACACCCAUUUGAAAUUAUUCCGAAAUCGAGGGAUGUGACUGUUUGAUAGAUGUUCCCAUUGAUCUGCUAAUUUAUUUUGAAAUUGGAGUGGAACAAUGGGAGCUAGUACACAAGGCAGUGCCAGCUUUGGCACUGGUGGCUGUAGAGUCAAUAGCCAGGCCGGUGGAUAAGUGAAUAAAUAAAUAGUGUGGUAUUACUUUUGGAGCUGAAUGGUAUGGCACCAGUCCUAAAUUCAAACCUUCAUAAAAUACACUCUCAUUAUUAAAAACGACUAUUUUUAUAAAUGAUUGUAUGUUCUCAUUUUGUAUUAGCUUAAAAAGCCAUAUAUGGCGUUAUUUCCAUUAGGAUUGUAUUGGUGAUAAGAAAUAUAAGUGCUAUGUUGAAUACAGCAUGUGGUUUGUAUGAAAAAGUAUUGUGAUUUUAUAUAAAUAAAAUUUAAAUAAUAAUGUGAA